UCUCUCUGUCUGUUUGCCUUUCAGAUUGGCAUUUGGGGACACGAGAUGGUGAGCCUUCUGUUUCUAGAGAAUCCCUGGCGGCCAGAAUGAGACUGCUGGAAGCCAGGCUCACGAGAGGUUGGUCGACCCUGGGAGAACCCGGCUGCCAGCCUGAGUUUAAAGAGUCCCUCUGCACAGGGAUAAGAAUGCUUCAGAUGGGGGAAGACCUUUGGCCUUUGGUGCUGUUGCCCCCCAGGGGGACACUGUGCCUCUUCCUUUUGCUGCUCUACCUCCCCGUGGGCACCUCCUGCCCCCAAAACUGCCAGUGCUCAGAUGGCAGUGGCCUGAUGACUGUCCACUGCAGUUCAAAGAACCUCAAGGAAAUCCCCAGAGACAUACCCAAGGAUACCGUGUUCUUGAAGCUGGACGCCAACCUGCUCACCCAGAUCCCGAGCCACGCCUUCUCAGGCUUGACCCUCCUCCGGGAGCUAGACCUAUCCCAGAACACGAUCGAGAAGCUGGAUGCAGCCGCCUUCCAGGGCCUGUCUAGGGACCUCAGGCUGCUGGACCUCUCCCACAAUCGUCUCCAGAGCCUUCCCAAGGAGGCGCUGUUCAGGUUGAAGGCCAAGAUCCGCCUGUCACACAAUCCUUGGCACUGCGGGUGCGCUUUGCAGGAAGUGCUCUGGGAGCUCAAACUGGACCCAGUGUCGGCGAACGAGAUGGCCUGCCAGACGUCCGUGCGGGCCGAGGCUGUGGGGAAGCCGCUGGUGCAGGUCCUCGAUUCGGGCGCCAACUUCUGCAGCUCCCGCCACAAGACCACGGACAUCGCCAUGUUCGUCACGAUGUUCGGCUGGUUUGCCAUGGUGGUCACCUACAUCGUGCACUACGUGCGGCAGAACCAGGAAGAUGCCAGGAAGCAUCUGGAGUACCUGAAGAACAUGCUCCCUGGCAUCCCAGCCCCUGGCAGUGCUGCCAGUGCCGCCCUGGAGCUGGGGCGACCAGGGGCCCAUCCUUCCUAGGGCACAGAGCUUUCCCAGGGGAAACCGAGGGGACAACGGCCACAUCCCCAGCAGGCAGCGAUUCCUUUCGUUGGAUUCUCUUCUAAAGGGCCAUUUGUCAAAAACACGCAUUUUUUUGUACACAUCAGCGUAGGACAGGAGGAGGAAAAGCAGGAGGAAGAGGAGGAUGAGGAAGACGAGGAGGAGGAAGAGGAGGACGAGGAGGAGGAGGAGCCUGGUGAAGACCUCCCAGAAGUCCCAGGGAGGAGCUGCAGCUGCCUAGCGAGCUUGGGGAGGAAGCCGACUUGGAACUGACUUUCCCAGUGCUGGCUUCCAAAGCAGACUGUCAGAACUUGGCUUGUUCCUAGUCACCAGGCACUCAAGCUUGGAGCUCUUCUGGAGAUUCAGGAGAUGAGCCUCUCGAGGCUGCUUCUCAGAGCAGGAAAGGACCGAGGGACCGAGGGAGGUCACCGAGUCCAACCCUCCCAUUUUACCAACCAGGAAAAUUCUGCUUUUGUUCCCGCAGUCGUGCUGUCCUGUGCCUCAGGGGUCCAGCAAUGAACAUGCCUUGUUUUUAUUCACCAAAAGCCAAGAAGGAGAAGGCGUCAAGCUCUGGAUGCUGUUGGUCAGCCUGCUUGCCUGGGUGGCCGUGGCCCCGGGAGUCUGCUGUGACUGAGAAGUGGGGAGCCAGUGACAUUGGCCUGGGGCAUGUGAACUGUGCGAAAGCCCGGACACGGUGGAUGACCUCUGUCCUGAAGCAGUCCUGGACCCGUUGUGUUCUCCAGGGCAUCAUUGAAAGCCGUGUGAAUCUCUGGCCACUUUUGGCUGAUAGGAUGGGGGCGUGAUGCUUAUUGGGUAAGAGGGAGGGAGGAACCCCCCCAAGGGUCAGGUGUUUGCCACACUCAGACUGGCAAAUGGCCACACAGAGUGGCACAAAGAGAAUGCCCAUCGGCCACGUGCCAGACAGGUAGGAGGCUAAGUAAGCAGAUGGGAGGAUGGGCAGGCAGGUAGGAGUCUGGGUGGGCAGAUGGGAGGAUGGGCAGGCAGACAGAUAGGGGGCUAGGUGGGCUAAUGGGAGGGUGGGCAGGCAGGAGGGCAGUCCCAAGGUGAGAUUGGAGUAAUCAAAGCCAGUAAUACCAUCCUUGGAAGCAGGGAAGUAUGGAAGGACCAGGCUCCCACCCUGAAUCCCUCCCAAUCCUGGAUAGUGGGGACUCAGGUGGAGUCCUUACUGCCAUCCCAAACUGCUGGGUUCCUGAAGCAGCGCCAGGAGUCUGUGUGACUCUGGGGCAGAGGGAGGGCCCGGGAGACCCAGCCCAGUUCCAGAAACAAGGUGAAUUUGGGGCCAGACAGACCUAAGCCAAAGGUCUGGACAGAAGCAUGUGAAGCAGAGGAAAGCACAUCGUCCCCCCGCUGCUGUGUACUCGUCACUAACUUCCUUAGAACUUGGGAACCACAUUCGCACCUUCAGAGAAAGUCUGGCUUGGAGAGGAGAGCAGACAACAGGCUGGCUUUGCAGCAGGAAGAGCUGGACCUGACGUGUCAUUUACCCACUCAGGGGGUUGGAGCUCUGCGGCUCGUCCCUGGGAGUGCAUGUACACAGUCACGCGGACACGUUUGUGGACAUGCAUGUGUGAUGCAUGUCCUAGGGGUUCCCCAAGCAUAGAAACACAGGGACUGAGUGCUCCGUGUGGGAGAGCGCUUGCAAGCUCCCCGCGGAGACCUAUGGGGGCACUCUGGACAUUGGCCCUUGUAGUUACCAUCCAGUAGCGUCAGGGAAAUGAAGCUUGACUAAAAGUGAGCACAAGAAAGGAAGCAGCUACGUCUGCCCAAUGUGGACCCCUCCACCCCCACCCUGCUGGGAGCUGUGAGAGCUGGUGACCUUUUGCUGAGCAGGGUCUGAGGGAGCCAGUAGGGGCACCCGACCCACCUGAGCCUUGCUACGGGGUAUUGAAGGGCUAGAUUAACUUCACUCUGUGGAGUGGCUUCCUCCCUGCGUCAUCCCUGUCCAAACAAGUGUACACAGAAGGCCGAUGGCUUUCAGCUCCGGGAUAAGAAGCUGCAGUUCUCUGGGAGGGGUGGGGAGAAUCUAGGUGUGAACCACGCUGGCUCUUUGGCUGUCUCUCCAGUUCCCCUUUUUGUUACUGGGGGCUUCCCUUUUCCCCUCCCUCCUGCCUCCCUCUUCUCCCAAACCUUUCUCUGCCUAAAAAGUCAAACCUGUAGUUAAUGUAACUCGGAGGGAAUCUCUGGGCAGCACAAAAUGCAGAGGAAACUUGAGGAACAUGGGGGUGGAAAUGGAGAGUGAGGGGCUGGCCUUUUAUGAGGCUGCUCUGUUCUUCUGGGGGAAGUCCCAGCUCAGCCCCAUUUACAUAACUAUUGAUCUGCAUUAAUACUCCAUCAGUUCUUUCUCUGGAGAUGGAUUGCGAUUUUCUUCAUGAAUUUUUUGGAAUUGUUUUAAUCAUUGUAUUGCUGAGAAUAGCUAAGUUAUUAACAAUUAACAUUAUUUCUAACUUGUCCGGUCAUUCCCCAAUUGAUGGGUAUCACUUCAAUUUCUAGUUCUUUGCCACAAAAAACUGCUAUAAAUGGUUUUUGGAUAACUAGGUCCUUUUCCAAAUUUUAAAACUUUUCUUUGGAAUAUAGUCUCAUUUCUGGGUCAAAGGGUACUCAGUUUUAAAGCAAAAUUCCAAAUUGCUCUCCAGAGUGGUUGGAUCAAUUCACAAUCUUACAGAUAGUGAGUACAUCAGUGUCCCACUUUCCCCACAAACCCUCCCACAUUUAUUUUUUCCUUUUCUGUCAUAUUAGCCAAUCUAAUAGGUGUGAGAUGUUAUAAUUUGCAUUUUUCUGAUCAAUAGUGAUUUACGGGGUUUUUUAUAUGACUGUAGAUUUCAUCUGAAUACUGUUUCUAUCCACUGAUCAUUUAUCAAUUGGGGAAUGACUUAUUUCUUAUAUAUUUGGUUCAAUUCUUUAUAUAUUUGAGAAUGAGGUCUUUGUCAGAGACAGUUGCUGUAAAAAUUGUUCCCCAGUUUUUUUGUUUUCCUUCUAAUCUUGAUUGCAGUGGUUUUUGUUUGUGCAAAACCUUUUUUAAUUUAAUAUACUCAAAAUUGCUUAUUUUAUAUCUA